AUGGCGACCGCGGUACUUGAUGUCGAUUAUUUGUCGGCAUAUUUAAGUGUGCCGCAACAGACCCUUGAGACAGUUGUUGAUAAUCCUACAGCGGAAUUAGUUCGAAGCGUCCUUGAAGCUGUUACCGCAAAGGCACGCGAACAUGAUGAAUUGGCGGCAGAUAAACUGCGAGUUGAUAUCGAGCUUGAAAAUGCUGUGAGAAGUUCAGAGACGCGCAUUGAAGGACUUCGAUCAAGUGUGGAAAAGGCGCAGAAAAAUGUGGAAGAGUUGAGAACAAAGCUCAAUGAGGAGGAGAACUCAAGGUCAUCUCUUCAAAAUGAACUUCAAACCUUGAAAUCUACUUCUUCGACGUCGACAUCUGAAUUAGAAACCUUAAGGUCACGAAUCUCUUCUCUCGAAUCCUCGAAUCGCGAUGCAUUAGCUGUUAUCGAGUCAAAGACAACAGCUAAUGGCGCUCUUGCACAAGACUUGCAAAAGCAACAUGCAAAAGGAUUAGAACUUAGUCAACAAAUUACAGCUCUACAACAAUCCGUUCAAAAUGCAAACUCUGCGGCAUCCAGCGCUAAAUUCCGAGAGCAAUCUUUGAAACAAGAAGUCGAAUUGGCCAAGCGCAACAACGAAUGGUUUGAGAAUGAAUUGAAGACUAAAAGCGCCGAAGCUUUGAAGUAUCGCAAAGAGAAGGGUGCACGAAUUGCAGAAUUACAGCGUCUUAAUGAAGAAGCCACCUCCAAUGUUGAGUCUUUGAGACGCACCGAACAAGCUUUACGAACCAGAUUGGAUGAAGUUCAAAAGAAAGCAGAGGAUUCACUUCAGAAGAUACAGCAACUUCAAGAAGCAGCCGCAAAAAGUGAAGAUGGUUUCCGCCAGGAAUUGGAGAGCGCACGCCGUCUCGCCGAGCUACAAGCCCAACAAACCGAGACACACCGACAAAGAUUGAAGGAGGUCGAAGGGGGAGUAGAAAAAAUCAAGGAUGAAGCUGCCGAGGAAAUUGGUAGAUGUCAACAAGCAGCUGAGGCAGAACGACAAGAACGUGAACAGGCGGAGCAUCGUAUUUCGGAACUCGAAGCCGAGAUUGAUCGACUUGAAGCCCUUGUAUCCUCACAACCCCAACCCGGCUCAGUACCAUCAACCCCACAAAGAGGAUUAAAUGGAUCUGUGUUUGGAAGAUCUGGUUCACCUGCUCAAUUUGGUACACCUGGAUCUUUGCGCAGUAAAUCUGCUAUCACGGCUACUCAAGCUAUUGAUGAACUCUACAAAGUCAAGGGUCAAUUGGCUACCGAGAAGAGACGAAGUGAACGACUUGCGGCUGAGAUGGAGGAGAUGAUGCAAGGACUUGAAGCGAAACAACCCGAGUUGGAAGAAAUGCAAGCCGAGCACGAACGUCUUCAACAGGAGGUAGUGGAGAUGUCGAAGUUUGUCGAUCAAACAGGCAAGGAACGUGAUAGAGCCAAGAAAGAUGUCAGACGGGCAGAAAGUGAAGCUUCUACAGCACGAGCAGAGGUGAAUAUUCUUCGACAACAACUCAGAGAUCUCAGCGCCCAGAUCAAGAUGCUUCUUUGUGAUCUAGAUGCGAAAGAGAGAGGAUUAGAGACUUUGAAUGCUAGUGAGCGAGCACAAAUGGAACGUUUAGCUCGAGGAGAAGUCAGCGAAGAUUCAUUAGAAGGAAUGACUGAUACCGAUCGAUUUAUCAGUCAGAGACUUACCGUUUUCCGCAGCAUCAGUCAAUUACAAGAAAAGAAUCAAGAGUUGCUCAAGAUUACUCGAGAACUUGGUCAAAAGAUGGAAAGCGAAGAAGCUCAAGCUGCAAAGAAUCAAGCCGUUCAAGACCAUGAACAAGUACAAACUCUCCAAGCCAAGGUUGAGGACUUGAAGGAUGAGUUGAGAUCUAUGAUUACUCGUUCCGAAAGUUAUAUCAAGGAGAGAGACAUGUUCCGUCGUAUGCUUCAACACCGAGGACAAUUACCUGCAAAUUCUGAUCUUCAAUCCAUGUUUGGUCAAUCAGUUGAUGGCAAUGGUGUCAUGUCAACAAUUGAAAAUCCAAAUCAAAAGGACAAUGCUAAUUAUGCAGCUUUAUUGCGUGAAUUACAAGGUCACUUUGAUCAAUACCGGGAAGAACAAACUGUUGAUCGACGCACUCUUAGAGAGCAAACAGAACGACUGUCAUCGGAAAAGAGCGCACUUCAAGCAGAAAUUUCCAAGGCUAGUAGUCAAUUAACUCUUGCCAAUGAACGCUACGAAAUGUUGCACUCUAAUUACACAUUGUUGCAGACAGAAAAUAGCGAGUUGCAAAAGCGCUCUCAAAUUCUUUCCGAGGCUGCUGCCAAGCAAGACUUGAGGACACAACAAGUAGCUGAGGAUUUGAUCGAAGCUAAGGGAUUGGUGGAGAGCAUGCGAAAUGAAACCGCCAACCUGAAGGCCGAAAAGAAGCUUUGGAAGGACAUCCAGGAUCGACUCAGUCAGGAUAAUGAAAAUCUCGCCAACGAACGCAGUAGACUCAAUACACUUAUUGCCAAUCAACAAACUCUUCAAAAUGAACGCGAAUUAUCCGAAUCCGAAACUAGAAGAAGAUUACAGACCCAAGUUGAGUCUUUGGAAUCGGAAUUGAAUUCGACAAAGCGAAAGCUCAACGAUGAGGUUGAAGAGAGUAAGAAAGCACAGUUGAGAAAGGACUAUGAUGCUCAACAGAAUCAAAAGAGAAUUGAUGAGCUUGCAAAUAGUCUCAGCCAGGCAAGAGAGGAGCUUGUUGCAGCACAGACAUCACGCGAUCAUCUCCAAGCUCGAGUAGAUGAAUUAUACAUCGAACUCAAGAGUGCAGAGGAACGUGUUGAGUUAUUACAACCAAGACCUACACCACGACCAGGAACCAAUGCUCAGGAGACAGUCGGACAAGAUACAAGCGCUGAAGACGAAUCUCUAAGUCGCGAACAAGAAUUGGGAAUUGAGCUUUCAGAAUUGAAGAGAGAUUUGGAAUUAGCAAAAUCGGAGCUUGAGAAUGCAAAGCAUCAAGCUGAGCAAUUCAAGUCUAUCAGUCAAUCAUCCGAGGAGGAGUUACAAAGUCUUAACGCCACAUUGGAUGAAGCUCGCGAGGAGAUGGAUAAGAUCAUCGAGGAGAAAGAUGCAAAGAUUCGCGAACUUGAGCAACGAGCUGAAGAUAUUUCUACCGAGCUCACCAAUUCAAACAAUGAGCUGACAGCUCUUCGAAAUCAACAAGGUGAAGUUGCUAGGCAAGCUGAAGAAGAGAAAUCACGACUUGAGGCAGAAAUCUUACGUUUGAAGGAUGAGCAAGAGAAGGACUCCGCAGCCGCUAAAUUUCAUCAAGAAGACCUUCGUGCCCAAGCAGCCAUUGCCACCAAAGCUCAACAAGAUUACGAAUAUGAACUCGUCAAGCAUGCUGAAGCCGCAAAACAUCUUCAAACUCUACGCGUUGAAUAUAAUCAACUGAAAUCAGAGUCAGCAACAUUGAAGGCGGAGGCUGAGUCUGCCAAGGUCACUCUGAGCCAAAGCGAAGCAUCUUGGGAGGAACGACGUGAACAACUCGAACGAGAGAUGGUUGAGUUGAAGACUAGGCGAGACGAUGUCAAUGCACAGAACAAACUUCUCCACCAACAGUUGGAUAAUGUUUCUUCACAAAUCGUUGCUUUGCAAGAAUCCCGAUCCAACGCCCCAGGUGCAUCGGAAGCUGGAUCACCAACCGCGGAUGGAACAACUGAUCGUACUCUAGAAGGUUUGCGUGAGUUGAAUACUUAUUUGAGACGCGAAAAAGAGAUUGGCGAGGUUCAAUAUGAUAUCAAGAUUCAAGAAGCCAAACGUCUACAACAGCAACUCGAAUACACUCAAUCUCAACUUGACGAAGCUAGACUGAAACUAGAUCAAGAGCGACGCUCUCAUGCUGAUGGCGGUAAAACCUCCAUUGCACACAAGGAUCUCAUGGACAAACUCAAUGAGCUCAAUCUUUUCCGCGAAAGUAGUAUUACCUUGCGUAAUGAGGCCCGCCAAGCUCAAUCUCAACUUGCGGAUAAAACCAAACGCGUUGAAGAGCUCUUGGCACAAAUUCAACCAUUGGAGACAAAGGUUCGUGAAUUGGAACAUGGUAAAGAGACAAUGGAGGGUGAAAUGCAUUUAUUGCAGGAAGAUCGUGAUCGUUGGCAGAAACGCAACCAAGAUAUACUUUCCAAGUACAAUCGGAUCGACCCUGCUGAGAUGGAACAAAUGAAGGAGACUAUUGAGACUUUACGAAGUGAGAGAGACUCUCUAUUGCAGGAACAACAGCCAUUGCAGGAGAAGGUACAAACUUUGGAGAGUACUAUGGAGAAUGACAGAACACAAUGGCAAACUACCCGACAAAGGUUGAUUGAGCAAGCCAAGGAGAGGAAUCGCACUUUAACGAAAGAUAAGAAUGAUCGAGCUGCAGAAAGAGAUGUCGCCAUUUCUGAGAGGGAUUCCCUUCAAGAACAGCUCACCUCUCUACAAGAACAACUUCAAACUGCCGUGGAAGAAAAGGAAGCCGCAGAAGCUAAGCUUGCUGAAGUGGAACAAGAAUUGAAUGAAGUUAAAACUCAACGUGAUCAAGCAUUGGCUAAUGCUGUUCAAUCUGUUGCAUCACCCAAGACCCCCUCUGCACCUCCAACAAUGAAUGGAUCGGAAAGUAACGAAGCUGUCAAUGCACAACUUGUUGAACUUCGUAAGGAACGUGAUCAAGCAAUCUUGGAGAAGCAAGCUCUCGAGGAACAAAUCACAGAACUUAAGCAACAACUCGAAGCUGCUAACUCCGAGAGAGAUAAUGCCAUCGCUGACGCUGCUGAAGCACGAUCACAACAAAAGGCUCAAACAUCCGAUGCCCCGAUGGAUGAUGCUGCUGAUGAGGGACAGAUUGAUGAAAAUCAAAAUGGUAUCUCAGAGGAAGAGAGAAAGGCAUUGGAAGCACGUAUAGCUGUUGCUGAAGCUAUGGCUAAGGAACGUGAUGAGAAGGCAAAGGAAAUUGAAGAAUCUAUGGAAGUUACACUCAAGCAACGUUCCGACAAGAUGAAGGCAGCUUUGAAUAAAAAACUUGGUGAAUCCAAGGAAACUCUUAGAGUACAACUCGAGGCUGAUUUCAAGCUAAAACUUGAGCAAGAGAAACAAAUUUGGCUUGCAGAGAACAAAACUGCUGAUUCAUCCGUUCCACCACCUACUCCAUCUGCUCCAAAGGUAGAAGAAAAUGCCGUUUCAGCGACACCUGCCACUCCAAGUAAAGCUGCUGCACCAUCGACUGAUGGUUCAGAUCUUUCGGAUGAUCAAGUUCGACAUCUUUUAUCAACAAAUCCAACAAUCAAGAGUAUUCUUGCCAAUAAUUUGAAGAAGCUACUUGAGAAAGAAACUCAGAAACUUAAAUCGGAGCAAGAUAAAUUGGUGACUGAAAAACUUGCAGAGGAAAGGAAGAAGGCUGAAGCUACUUUGUCUGAAGCUCAAGCAAAGGCCGAAACCAGUCAAGCGCAGGCUGUUUUGAUGGCAGAGAAGAAGUCAUCAUUGAAGCUCAACAUGCUAGACAACAGGGUGAAGAACGCCACUGCAAAAAUCACUGUGGUUGAAAAAGCGGCGACAGAUACCCCUGAAAAGCCAGUCGGCGAGGUGUGGGAGAUUGCGAAGAAUGCUAAACCACCUCCACCAACACCAGCUGCUACAGCGGCUACAACUGCUUUACCAAGCCAUCCGAUUUCAGCAGCUCUGCCAGCAGCGGCAAACACCACAACAGCUGCUGUUCCCCCUACUAACGUAACCGGAACCCAACCCAAUAGUGCGCCCGCAGAAGGCACCAAGGUUGAGGAGGCUGAGCCCCCAAAGAGUGGAAUUCCUUCUGGUCCACGUCCAAUAACUCCAUCCACCAAUGGUGCCUCUUCACUGCCAGUCAGUAAUAUCCCAUCUGCCCCUCAAGCAGGAAAUCAAUCACGAUUACCACAAAUGCGUGGCGGUAAUCAAAACCGUGGAGGUGGAAAUAUAGGUGCAGGUGGUCGUGGAGGUAUUUAUCAACCACGUGGAGGAGCUGCCGGUAGAGGAAGGGGUAAUCCUACGGGACGGGGAGGAAUGAAUGCAGCAGCUCAAAAUUUUAGCCCAAAUGCUCAGCCUGGACAAAAGAGACCUGUACCAGAGGGUGGUUCACAAGGAAAUGGAGGAAAACGUCCUAGGGGUGGAGGAGGAAGUAAUUAAUUGAUUGGCAAAAGUUAAACUAUAUUUGCUUGUAUUAUAUUUCAGAGUUGCAUAGCCUUCGCUUGGCCAUUUUCUUUUUCUUUUUUUUUUAAGAGAGAUGGAACUUUUUUAGGAGUUACGGAAAUCAUGUAUGGAAAAUAGUAGCAUAGCUAUACCUAUGAUGAGUAUUGAGGCAAACGAAUAUCAGGAGUACAAGAGAAAUCA